AUGCAGCAGAAGGGGAUUCUGACAGCCACGUGGAAGCCGGAUUUGAGCACAGAAGAAGGGGACCCCCUGAUAUCAGUGGAUUACAAAAUUUGGGGGAAGGCACAAGGGGUGUUUUUCCACAAGUACACUCAGCCUGAGGGUGUUAUGCUGGGAUUGGUGGGCUGGGUCCAGAACACUGACCGAGGCACAGUUCAAGGUCACCUGCAAGGUCCCACCUCCAAGGUGUAUCGAAUACAGGAAUGGCUUGAGACAAGAGGAAGUCCCAAAUCACACAGGGACAAAGCAAACUUCAACAGUGAAAAAGUCAUAGUAAAGUUGGAUUACUCAGGUUUCCAAGCUGAGAAAUAA